AGGGGCCCAAGGUAAAUGAACCUUGGCCACAGGAAGACUAGUCUUUGCUCUGGUGUUCCCCCAACUGAGUCAGCCUCUGGUUUCCUUCCUGUUUGCUCCCUUAUCUCCUGUGUCAGCACCAGGAGUCAGUUUGGAUUCUGUGUGCAGAAGGAGCUGGGAAGUAAGGGGCUGCUUCCGAGAACAGCUUUGCCAGUCUAUUGGAAGGCCAGUGCCAUCAUGUGUCCUCUGGUAGCCAUCUCAAGCCUCAUACUACUUCUGACAGAUGCUGUAGUUUCUUAUACACAAGUGAGUGGAGUGGUGGGUCAACCUGUUACGCUUCUCUGCACCUACUCAACGGCGAAUGGAGCCAUCACGACCAUGUGCUGGGGCCGAGGGGCAUGUCCUAUGUCUCAAUGCUCAGAUGAAAUUAUCCGGACUGAUGGAACCCAUGUCACUUUUCAGAAGAACAUACGUUAUAAGCUAAAGGGAAACCUUUUGGAAGGGAAUGUGUCUUUGACCAUAGAGGAUGCAGUCCAGGCUGACAGUGACCUGUAUUGUUGCCGUGUUGAGCACAGGGGGUGGUUUAAUGAUAUGAAACACACCAUAUCGUUGGAGAUAAAACCAGUAGCUACUUCAUCUUCUCCAACGCAGACAGCAGAAACCCAGCCUACCACCCUUCAGGAAACAAGUACAACUGGGGUAGCAGUGCUCUUUUGCCCAACAGAUGCGAAUGACACUGUGACAGAGUUUUCAGAUGACCCUUGGCAUAGCAAUCAAACUCGUGUGCUGGUGGCACAGAAAGCACGGACGACCAGCAGUGGGGGGCUGUACAUUGGGAUCAGCAUUACUGUCGUGAUAUUGCUCACUCUUUUGGUGGUCAUGAUUAUCAAAACUUCAGCUUCAGAGAUUGUCAUGACAGCGACUUUGGGUCAGACUGCGACGUUGCCCUGUAUGCACUCCUUCUGGUCUGAGAGCAGCAACAGCAUGUGCUGGGGCAAAGGCCAGUGUCCCAACUCCAAAUGCAAUGAGGAGCUUCUCCACACCAACGGGGGGAGUGUGCUCUCGAGGAAGUCGUCAAAAUACGAACUCCUGGGGAAUAUCAAGAGAGGCGAUGUGUCCUUGACCAUCUUCAACACCAAUGAAGGCGACAGCGGUGUGUACUGCUGCCGCAUAGAGGUGCCUGGCUGGUUCAACGAUGUGAAGAAGAACAUUCGUCUGCUGCUGAGGAGAGCCCCAACAACCACGCAGUCAGCAACAACCCGUCAUCCAACCACCACCACUGCUGUGACGACAACCACAGCGGUGCUUCCAACAACAGUCAUGACGACACCUGCCCUCACAACCAGAACACCACUUGAGACAAAAACCACCACUGCCCUCACAACAACGGCAACCACAUGCCCUCUGACAACACUGAGCUCCCUUCCUGAGGCAACCACAAUUCUUCCAACCAUUGAACCUCCCACAGAGGGGCCUACCCUCCCUUCAGAAUCAGAAACUUUCCCUCCCUCCAGUGACUCCCAGAGAAUCACCGAGGUGACUUCUGGAGACAUUGCCUUACUCACAUCCAAAGCACCUGAGACAGCAAUUACUGGGCAAGAUGAAGUUGAAUCAGAACAGGUAAAAAUGGCUGAGAACUUCGACCUGCUGAUGAUCAUUGCUCCCUCCCUGGGAUUUGUGCUGUUGGCCUUGCUUGUGGCGUUUUUCAUUCGAGGGAAAGUCAUGAAAACCAAUUGUUUCCAGAAACACACAAGGUUAGACAACGCUGGAGAAAGUAAAAAUGUCCUUGAUGACAUGCAGCAUGGAAGAGAGGAUGAAGACGGUCUUUUCACUCUCUAACAUGCCACUUUUCCUUAGGAUUGAGGAUUGGGACAUAAUGUGUGAUUUUUAUCAAAAGAAGUCUUAGAAUGUUUUGAUUUUUUUUUUUUUAAAGCCCCAUCUAUGCCAUUGUUGUCAUUGGUCCAGUGCUUUCACAAAUGAAAGGUACUUUAGAGACCACACCUUCUCCACCCCAUGUUUUACUCUUCUCUGUAGCAUCACUGCUAAGUGAUCUUCCACACCAUGCUUGAACACUUUCAGUGAUGGUGAGCUCACUACCACACCCAAGGAAGUCCAUUCAAUCUCAGGGCAGUUUCGAGACUAGAAAUAUUUGAAACAAAGUCUAUCUCCAGAUAGCAUCUGCCUAUGGGUCCUAGUUGAACUCCUCAUGCUUACGCAAAAUGUGUCUAAUUUCUCUUUUACCUGGUAAAAGUAGUGCUCCAGAUGCUGGAAGGAGAACCUCAGGCCUCUCCAAAUUGCCUUUCCUCUGGGACAUGAUUUCUGGUCCUUGCUCUGCCCUACCUGCCUUUGCCUUGUAAGCAUUUGUAUCUCCCUUUUUAUGCCCAACUUUCAGAGUUCAGUGCCCCAGCCUAGGUGUGAUGUGAGCAGCCCUGGGUCUAUGCUUCAUCAGUAAUGCAGGAAAUGAUGUGGAAUUGCACCACAGUUUUGGCUCACCUCUAAAACUGCUAGGUUUUCUACUAUUUUCUGUUCACAUUUGAAUGUCCUUAGAGAUGACCAUAGCGUCGCAUCUUAAUGCUUGCUUGGGGAAUUUAAUUUUGAAAACAACCAAGAGUCCAUCAAAGCAAAAUGUGGUGAACGGUGUAGACAUUCAACCAGGGCCAGCGCCUGGAUGUGACAGUAAGGUGGUCCAGAUUAGUUUCUCUAAAUACAGUUCGUGAAAAUUUGUUCCUUAAAAAGAACAGGUUUAUUUAAAGACUUUAAUAGCUAGCAGCAUGAGAAACCUUGGAGAGAGAUGAAAACAAACAGUUGAAUGAAUGAAUAAAAAGAAUGAGAGAGGCCUUGGGUUGGGCAGAAAUGUGGAAAGUCAACCAGGUCUGAAAGAAAUUUCCCUGAAAUACUUCCAAGUAUGUUUAGGGCAAUAGCAGCAUUAAUGAAAUAAGCACACAGUCUUUCAAGGUAACCACCUUUUGUAUUUCUACUCUCUUGAUAUUACCUUUAAGAGAGGAAAAUAGUCAGUCUUGAUUGUAUUGUGCAGUCAAGGCUGUGCUUGACUGGUACAGCCUGUAGAUUUCUCGUGUGGACCCAGCAGUUAAUCUAAAAAUCCCCCUCUCACCCGGGCACUUGAAGAACAACUCGCCCAGAGGACCGUGCCUUCUGGCUCAUUCUUUCGGUGCUGAGCAGAGUGGCAGGUUUGGCCUAAGUGAAGGAAACAAUUGGCAGCCUGUGGGUAGCUUCUUUUUGGGGCUUGACUUGCUCCUCUAUGUCAGCUUAAGAUACUAGAAAUGAUUUUGGCUAGUGUGCUAAACUCAAGUUUAGAAAAUGAGGGGGAAAAUGGACCUAAAGUCCGGUUCAGGGCCUCAGUUUCCCCAACUGGAAAAUAGAGUGGGACUAGAUGACCUUGUAUAGAUAGUCAGGUCUAAUAUUUUGCAAGUCGAUGAUACAACCCAGCCUAACUUAGUUCAUGCUCCCUUGUCAUCUUCCAGAACCACCACCACCAUCAAUGCCACCACUAACUUGGGUCUGAUUAGAAAAAAGAAGACAGCAAAUACUCCCUAAACAGAAUAUUUAAGCUCAAUGAAUACCCUUCUGUUUUGCAAGGGGGCCAUCUUCAACCUCUUCCCAAGUAUAUUUCUGAAAAUCCUCCGUUAGACCAAAACACAUUUAAAUGACCAAUCACAGUACUUUAGACCUGGUGAUGGCCUCCAGGAGCCUCUAGCCUAGUAGCUCUCAACCUUAGCUGAACAUCGCAAUUAACUGGAGAAUUUUUUUAAAAUGCCAAUUCCCAAGUCCCAUCUUUAAGAGAUCCUUUUGCAGUUGGUCUGGGGUGUGGCCUGGGUGUCUAAAUUUUAAAAAAAAUGCCACAAGUGGUUCUAAUGUGCAGCCAGGGCUAAGAACCACUGCUCUAGCUCAGUGUUUUUCAAACUAUGCACUUCAGAUCAGCAGCCUCAGCAUCCCCUGGAACUUGUUGGACAUACAAAUUCUUGUCCCCACCCCAUACCAUCUGAAUCAGAAACUCUGGGGGUUGUGGGGUGGAGCCCAGUGAUCUGUUUUUUAACAAACCCUCAGGUGAUUCUGAUGCACACUAGAGUUUGAGAAUUAUUGCAGCACAAAAAAUCCGUAACAUGGGGAUAGAGAUUUCAAGAAAAGAUUCCUCCUUAACCAGGGUUUGGUGGGGGUGGGGGUGGCUAUGCUGAGCAUGGAGAGUUUCCAGAAGCGGCAGGCCAAGGUCCAGGUGGAGGUCCCUGUCAGAGACCUCAUUUAAGCUAGCCUUACUUUCUGCUUGGACUCCUGCAAUAGCUUCCUCACCACACUCACCAACUUCACUCCUUUCCGUCUCUGAUUUGUUCUCCAUGCUGGGGCAGAGAUGACUUUUCCAAAUGCAGAUCUGAGAUUCUUGUCUCGUGACUUCUACUCACGGUGUAGCAGAAGUACACUUAGGGUCUCCCCAAAGCUGGGGUGGCAGACGAUGACUUCAGAGGCCAGGCAGCUGAUACAGAUGAGUGAGGCAGUGGGACGUGAUGUGGCCUGUAACAAAGCAGAGUGUGUGUGCGUCCACUUAAAGGCAUUAACAUUCAAAGUUAGUUAAAAUAACAUCCUAGGUAAGCUACACAAGGCAACCAGUUUGAGACUCAAACAUCCAGGGGAUGGGGGUUGGUUUUACCAAAUGACGAAUUAGUGAACAUAUCAUUCUUAUACUGAGACUCCCUGAUCAGAGGAGGUUGUUGGAGUAGUUGUUGCUCGCUUUCCCUCUCUAUGCAAUCAAGACGCCAUCUACAAACUUCUUAGUAUCUAUUGCGUGUCCAGGACGAGAAGAGAGAAUCACUUCCCUUUAAGGAGCUUAAAAAUCUAAAUGAGACAAAAACACCCAUGGAAAAGCAAUAGAGUAGGCUCAGUGUUGUUUUUCCAUUUCUCCAAGGAAGGACUUUGAUGGAGAAGUGCCUCUUUUGGCUAAUGUUUAUCGGUGGGUCCACAAUCAAACCUUGAGGAUUUAGAGCAACCUAAUUCUGCAACCUUGACCUUGGCCUUUCUAGGCUAAAUGAAAGAGAGAACAUCCAAUCCUUAAGGAGCAUUUGCUGUGUUCUGGGCACUCUAUUAAGUGUUGCAAGGCAAUUUCGCAUUGAAUCCACACAGCCCGAUGAAACAUUAUUUCUGCUUUCGGAGCUGAGAAAACAGAGACAGGGGAAGGAAUUUGCUCAAGGUCACGUAGUCCAACUUCCUGUGACAGAGGCGGGACUUGAACCAGGCUGGAAGGACGCCAUACUCUUAACCACUACCCUGUCCUUCACAGCGAGGCCCAAAUUUAGGACUUCAUGCAUAAAGAACUGCAGCAUUGACCUGUGUUGGUCCCAAAUGGAUUCUAGUUUACUCAGAUGCUCGGCAAUCUGAGUGUUUUGAUGGUUCUCCAAUCCCAACCCCUUUAUCGCUCAAUCUUCCCUUGUCCCCACAUUAUUUACUCAGAAUCUUAUUUGCAUUUGCAGAGGAAGCUGCAAGUGGAGAACCUGGCAGGAGCCUUAAUGAAGCCAGGUGGGACACAUUUAAAUGGGAAUGUGUUGAACUAACUCAUGAAGAACUGAAGCCAGCUGUCAGCGGGCUUAAUGAAAGGUUAACAGGAAUCCGGCAAUGGGUGGCUGGGGAGACUCUCUGUCUCUCUAAAGAAAACAAAAAGUUGAGAAGUGGGCUCCCUGGGUGGAUGCAAGAGCAGAAGGAGGAAGCCACUUGUAACCAGAAGGCUGGGUCUCAAAAUAGAGUUUCAUUUGGAUUUGUAAACAUGUUACAAUCUUAAAAAAAAUUUAAAAAGCACUGUGAGUUCUCAGCUCUCUGAGCAUCAAAGGACAGCGAAAGGGAGGGUUCCCGAGUAAGAUGAAUGCUAAUACUGUUAGGAGGGAGCUUGGGGAGCUCUGGAGAAGGCUGCUCACAAGACAGAAGGCGGGUUCAUUUUCUAAUUGAGCUGAAAAGGUUCUGUUCCACAGUUGUAUGCUUUAUCAAUGUUGCAUGUAGAGUAAGGGAGUGGGAGAGCAGGAAAGACCCUUACAUAUCCUUCGAUUCACCUCCUAUUUUUUAGCUGAUGAAACUGAGGCCCAGGAAGGGGAAAUGAGUUACCCCAGGCUAUACAGUAAACCAGUUCCAGGGCAGAGACCUAAACCACGUACCCUAGACUUAUCUCUGUGGCCAUGUCAUAAACUUGACCUUGUAGUUUUCUAAGUCUACCUGCAUCUGCCUGAUUAUUUACCCUUCUGAAGUCACAUUUAUUAAGUUCUUGUGGGUGCAUGCAACUCAGCAUUUCUUCUCUUUGAGCCGUCUUUCCCAGCAGACCCACAACUCAUGACUGUCACUCCCAGAAAGAGGAAUUGGAAUGUGGAAGUGCAAAGCUUGGCUGUUCUGUUGUUCUCUUAAGAACACUACCGAAACUAGGGGGACCAACUUGUCCAGGUUUUGAAAUUCAGAGUCCUACACGUGGGAACCCCCUUGCUCCCCGGCAAACUAGGAUGGUUUGUCAGCUCAAGUCCAUAGCUAAACUAGAGAUCAAAAACAACAGCCCUCUGAGUUCUUUCAUCCUCAGCCCCUGCUCUUGCCUUUAUCGCAGUGAUGAUUUUAGUCUGUGACUGUGCAAUUGGACCCAAGUGGAAUUUAAUUUGUUCAGAUCCAGCAAUAGAAUAGACUACAAUAGAAAUAGAAUAGCAAUAUAAUAGAAAUCUAGAUUCUAGCCCCUUGCUAUUCAAGAUGUGGGGCUCAGACCAGCAGUUUUAUCUUUAUCUGGGGCCUUGUUAGAAAUGUGGAAUGUCAGCCCUGCAGAAUCAGAAUCUGCAUUUGGACAAAGUCUCUGUGUGAUUCACAUGCAUGUUAAAGAUUGAGAAGUACUGGUCUAAAGCAUUGAUUUUCAAACAAUGUGGCUGCACUUUGAGAUCAUACAGGGAAUUAAAAAAAUACUGAUGCUCGA